CGUUAUUCACAGGGAACUGAAGCCUGAAAAUAUGCUAAUAAGCGAGGAUUUCCAGCUUAAAAUUGCCGAUUUUGGCAUUGGUUGUGAGGAGGCGUAUUGCGAUUUUUUUGCAGAUGAUCCUGGAACUUACCGUUGGAUGGCUCCCGAGAUGAUUAAACGGAAAUCCUACGGUUGGAAAGUUGAUGUGUACGGAUUUGGGCUCAUUUUAUGGGAGAUGGUGGCGGGACUAUCCCAUAUAAAGAUACGACUCCAAUACAAGCUGCAUUUGCCGUAGUCCAUAAGAAUCUACGACCGACUAUUCCGAAUAACUGUCCUCCAGCAAUGAGAGCAUUAAUCGACCAAUGUUGGUCAUCACACCCCGAGAAAAGGCCCGAAUUCUGGCAGGUGGCGAAGGUGUUAGAGGAGUUUGAUACAUUAGUCGCUCGCGAAGGAAAUUUGGAUCUUUUACAAUACCCGACAUGUUUAGAUCAUAGAAAGGGACUUCGUCAUUGGAUUUAAAAACUCGGCCCUCAUCAUCAACAACAA